CCCGAGUUACUCUCCCUUCCUUUCCAUACGGGUUUCAACAAAAUGGACGUUACAGUGAAAUGGAACAUUCAACUGUGAAGUGAUUUUCUCAUUUAUUCUUCUGUUCUCCAAUUCUUCUGGACCAUCGCGCUAUCAUCACAUCACCAGCCGACAAUGUACACACUUCUCUCUGGUUUUUGGAAGUAUCUGUUCCAAAAGGAAGAAUACUUUGUCUUAAUUCUUGGUUUGGAUAAUGCCGGAAAAACGACUUACCUUGAACAAACCAAGACGAAGUUUAAUCGGAAAUAUAAAGGGAUGAACCAAAGCAAAAUCACGACGACUGUCGGCCUAAACAUUGGAAAAAUCGACAUUGGAAGUGUGCGGCUAAAUUUCUGGGAUCUUGGCGGACAGGAAGAACUACAGUCAUUGUGGGACAAAUAUUAUGCCGAGUCACAUGCUAUCAUCUACAUUGUGGAUUCUUCAGAUACAGAAAGAUUAGAUGAAUCGAAAGAAGCCUUUGAUAAAAUGAUUUCCAAUGAGGCUCUUGUCACGGUGCCACUUCUGCUGUUGGCCAACAAGCAGGAUCUGCAAGGAUGUCUUCCAUUAAAUGAAGUGAAAAAAAUUUUCAGUUCCAAUCCAUCAUUAAUUGGUCCAAGAGAAUGUAAAGCCGAUGCUGUCUCUGCUCUAAGAGGAGAUGGUGUUCAUGAAGGAAUCGACUGGGUUGUAAAAGCUGUCCAACAGAACAAUGUGCGUCGACCUCCAACCCAAAAGGACAUCACCUGAGGGGACACUAAAAGCAAAAAAAAAAAUAACAACACUCUGUAAAAAUUAAAUUCAAACAUUCUUAACACCAUGACAAAACAGCCACUCAGAAUUACUCUGGCGAAUGGUCCGAUGAUAACCAGCAAAUAAAUAUCUUCGUUGUACAGGAAUUCGCAUGUCUGUAAAGGAUCAAGGAAAAUAAAAACAAUGUAAAAAAAAUGCCAAAACUAAGAAAAAAUGCAAAAACACAAAUACCAAACAAAAGUUGCAAUACAAAAAUGGAAUGUGUGUGUCACAAUUGAGGGUAUCGCAGUGUUUGUGGGUGGAAGUUAAAUCUUUAUUUAAAUUUUGUUGUCUUUUCCUUUUUGUUUAUAUUAAAUGCAGUUAUGGACACACAUACACACACACACACACACACACCAUUGUAUUUAUGUAUGCAGGAAGCUCAAGUGAAAGAAUGAAAGAAAUUAAAAUAAAGCAAGUCUUUGGUUCAUCUCUAACUCUUAUUGUCCCGUGGUUGAUAGAUACACUGAGUGGUGUCCAGCAGGACUUGAAACUUCAGUACUGUUCCAAUCAAUCAUUCUGUUACAUAUUGAUUUAUCAAUCAUGCUACUCAAUUCCAAUUACAUUGACUUAUGUCUUGUUUUUUUUUUUUGCAGAUAUUUAUAUUUUUCUCUUUUUGUUUUGUUGAUUUGUUUUCCUCUCUGUGUCUGCAUCUGCAUUUAGUAUAAAUGUAAAUCAAUUGUUUUGCUGGGAAAUUCUUGCUUAUUGGUAAAUAAAAAAAAAUUUAUUAAAUGAGAAAAAGUGGGGGACAUAGCUCAGAGGGUAAUUACUACUACUACUACUACUUCUACUGCUGCUGCUGCUGCUGCUACUACUACUAUUACUAUUUUUCCUACUACCUUUACUACAACUACUACUACUAUAAUUUCUACUACUAUUAUAACCUCUACUAUAACUACUACUACUACUAGUAUAACCUCUACUACUACUACUCUCUUUCUCCUCCACCUCCUCCUCCUCCUUCAGGAGUUUCACAUUACAUACUUCGACCAAAAGCGGAAGCCCCAGCUACAGCCUUUCUCCUCUGUGCUUCAUUCCACAUUCCUCUCACUUCAUUAAUAAUAAUAAUAAUAAUAAUAAUAAAUAAAAUAGUAAUUACUAUUAUUGUUUUCAGGCCUUGUGCCUAUAAUGGUAAGGAUUAUUAUUAUUAUUAUUAUUAAUUCUGUGAUUGGUUUUUAAAUAACAUAAUCAUUUUUCAGAUUUUUUGCGGGUGGAAAAUUUUUGUUUUCAAAUAGGCUUUUUUUUAAAAGAUUGUUUUCUGUUUUUGGGAGUUUUUUUUUUUUUGUGUGUUUGUUUUCAAGAUUUCCGUUUUUUUCUUUGAUUGUUAUUUUUUUUCUUUUGUCUAUUUAAAAUGCGGAAACAAAACUGUAUUGCAUUGGUUGGUUGGGGCAGGGUGCAUCAAUUCUACAAUAAAAGGUAAAAAAAAAAAUAUUAAAAAAAAAGAAACAAACAAAAAAUGUACCAAUUUGUCAUAAAAUAU